ACUUCUAAUCGAAAAGCUUCACUCCUGCCAAUCUCCAUUGGAGCAUGGGAGAAGCCUCUUGCGAUUUAUUCUGCUCCUCUUCAUCAUCUUGCGAUUUAUUCUGCUCCUUUGUUGAACUCUGAAAAUUCCCAAUGGCUUUGGCUCAGAAGUUAACAACCUCUCACUGCUCUGAAGCUGAAGCUGCUUCACUUAAAGCUCACUCCAAAGAGUAUCCUUGGGCAGCAAGGAUGAACCAAUCUCUGAGGAAUCUUCAUAGAGUAACCAAUCCUGAGUACUUGGAGGUUAAAAUACCUUCUCAUUUUCUUCUAGAUGGUUUAGAGAACCAAAAAGAAUUUGUGGUAGGUCAAUUUUACUCGCAGCGCCGUUCUUAUCGCAUCGUGUUGUUUUAGAUUUAGUUUGUGCCGUUUUUGACGAAAAUAAAACGAAUCCUUUUGUUGUUAACGAUGAUUCUAAAUAUUAACGAUAAUGUAGACGGAGGGGUUAAUACGUUAAAAAAAACUUACAUAAGGGUUUUCAUGUUAAAUAUUUAGUUGAGGGGUUUAAAUCCGAUUCAUAGGGAUUUUAUCAUUAAAAACCCUAAAAUUUUUAAUAUUUACUGCUAUGUUUUACUGGGACAUUUCAAUCUAAGUAAUUUCGAAGAUGGUGUGUUGUCAUCUUCAUUUAUGGUUGGACUUCUUAUUGCAUCACCAAUCUUUGCUUCAUUAGCAAAAAGUUUCAAUCCAUUUAGACUUAUUGGAGUAGGCUUAACUGUUUGGACUAUUGCAGUUCUUGGUUGUGGAAGUUCCUUUGCCUUUUGGUUUAUCGUCUUAUGUCGCAUGUUCGUUGGUGUAGGUGAAGCUUCUUUCAUCAGUCUUGCAGCUCCGUUUAUAGAUGAUAAUGCUCCUCACAAACAGAAAGCUGUGUGGCUUGGUGUGUUUUACAUGUGUAUACCAAGUGGUGUUGCUUUGGGCUAUGUCUAUGGCGGAUACGUUGGAAAACAUUUUAGUUGGCGCUAUGCGUUUUGGGGAGAAGCUGUUUUAAUGGCUCCAUUUGCUGUUCUUGGUUUCUUGAUGAAACCUCUACAGUUAAAAGGGUUUCCUUCUACUGAUUCUAUAAAGAUGGCUUCAUCAGUUGACGCAGAGACAUCUAAAAACAAGAAUCAUCUUCAAGCUGGUGGUAAUGAGAUUGAGAAAAACGCCGAUAUGAUCUUUGGGGCAGUAACUAUCAUUUGUGGGAUCAGUGGGACAUUAUCAGGAGGGUUUAUACUUGAUCGUGUCACCGCAACAAUUCCAAAUGCUUUUAAGCUUUUAACCGGAGCAACGUUUCUUGGAGCGAUCUUUUGCUUCACUGCAUUUACCUUAAAGAGUUUAUACGGUUUCAUCACUCUCUUUGCCUUAGGAGAGCUUCUUGUCUUCGCUACACAGGCUCCUGUGAAUUAUGUGUGUUUACAUUGUGUGAAGCCAAGUUUGAGAUCACUAUCAAUGGCGAUCUCUACUGUCGCGAUUCACAUAUUUGGCGAUGUUCCUUCUUCUCCUCUUGUCGGUAUCGUUCAGGAUCAUAUCAACAAUUGGAGAAAAACAGCAUUGAUUCUUACAUCGGUUCUGUUCUUAGCUGCUGCAAUAUGGUUUAUAGGGAUAUUUAUAAACAGUGUAGAUCGGUGCAAUGAAGAAGAAAGUGAGCAUGUGUGUCGUCCUGAACAAAGGGAUGCACUUCUCGAGUUCAAGAACAAGUUUGAGAUUCGAAAGUCUUCUUUUGAUCGCUUGUGUCAUUAUUCUAUUGGUGGAGCUGCUUAUCCGAAGACGGAGUCAUGGAAACAUAACAGUGAUUGUUGUUAUAGGGAUGGUAUCACGUGUGAUGCCAAGUCUGGGGAAGUGAUCAAGCUCGACCUCAGCUGCAGUGGCCUCCAUGGCAGUUUUCGGGUCAGAUUCUGUCUACAAUUGGAAACCUUUCACAACUCCAAGCUCUUGACCUCGGCAGUAACAGUUUCGAUGGUGAAAUCCCAUCUUCUUUUGGCACUUUGA